AUGUCUGAAGCUACUUCGGAAUGGGAUUCCCCUGAAGUCAUUGCGCAGUACGCACGAAAUGAGGCGCACGUUACUUUCGCCAAACAUUUCAGUUCGCAGCUCCAACAUCUGCCCCAGGAAGUGAGGGACAUGGCGACGCCGAGUUGGGUCUUUCAACAACUUGGUCUCAUGGACUUACCAAUAUUUUUGGCAACUGGUAAUAUCAUAAGCCCAUUGCCCGUGCUCGUGGGAGACGAGUUUGAUGCAGAAACAAGAUUUACUAGCCCUGUCCAAGAAGCCAUUGCCAACCGCAGCAUCGCCAACCGCAGCAUUACCAACCGUAUCAACGCCAUCCGCACCAUCGCCAGCCAGAGCAUGGCAACGUGGAGACCUGUUACGCUCACCAUCGCCACCCACAACAUCUCCAACCCCACCCAGACUCAUACCUCGAAAGCGAAGGAAUACGUUUGCUGGGGAAGGGCCAUCCUGGCGUGCGGGCGCUGA